AACUCUCUGGCAAAUAUUGGAUAAUGAACUCAUCUCUAUUUAAACCUCCAAUUACAGACACAACUCGUUCUGGGCUGCAGACAUGGGGAUUACAUUUUUUCUACUCUGCAUUGGCAUUCUAAAUGCAAAUGCAGUCAGUGGUUGCCAAAUAGGCCAGGAGUUCAUCACUGCCUUCAUGCCUAAUUAUAUAGGCAAUGAUGGCCAAGCCAAACCCACACUCACCAUCACAGCCCAACAGGCCGUAGCUGCUGUCACAGUCGAAAUCAAGGGGCUGAAUUACAAACAAUCAAUAAUCAUAGAGAAAGGCUCUACCAAAUACAUCACGCUCCCAGACAAGGCUGAGAUUUACGAAGAUGGGGUCUCAACCAAAACAGUGCUGAUUACCUCUAAUACAGACAUCUCAGUGGUGUCUUCUCACAUCAAACCAUUUACUGGAGACAGCAGUGUGAUCUUCCCUAGUACCCAACUUGGCAAAAGCCACAUUGCCUUCACUCCCGAAGGAGGUCCUUUUAAUAGCAUUGUGACUAUCGUCAACGGCAAGGAUGAAAACACAAUUAGUAUUUUGCCAUAUUCAAACCUCCUGCUUAAAAACAAGAUAGUCUUGCAGCGAGGGGUAAGGAUGCCUGUUAAACUCGCUCCUUUUCAGACAUAUCUGCUUCGAAGUGAGAAGACCUUAACAGGAACUCGGAUCGAUUCUCAGCUCCCUGUAGCAGUUCUAGCAGGACACGAGUGCUUGAGCCUCGUCGGCACCUGUGAGCAUGUCUAUGAACAGCUUGUGCCAAUAGAGUUGCUCUCCGAUGAGUAUCUAGUCCCUGCCAUGCAUCCCUUGCUGAUUGGACAGGACACAAUCCAUAUUGUUGCAACUGAGGACAACACCGACGUGACCGUUUAUCAUGGUCUAUUCCCCCAGCAAAAGUCACUUCGUGCUGGAGAGCUUCUGAAUGUCUUGAUUAAUAUGCCAUCAGUAGUCCGAAGCAAUAAAAAAGUUAUGGUUAUGUAUUCCAGCACCAACAUUCCCUAUGAUGAGUUCCUGACUAACAUCAUUCCUGUAUCACAGAUGUCCAAUUCGUGGACUGUUUAUACACAAGAUAAUUACGAGAAUUUUGCUAUUGUUGUGUCAGAGGUGGACGAUAAAAAUACUCUUUUCAGUUUCUUGAAUUGGAAUGUUUUUCCUGCAAACAAGAAAUAUUCAUGGUCUAUAAAACCACUUGGUAACAAAAAAGGCGCUAUAAUCAUAUCUGCGAACUUACGACAGGCUGUCUAUGUUUACGGUGGACAAGAGAGAGUUGGCUAUGCCACAACAGGAGUGUGCACUGCACCUACUCCAAUUUCACCUCCAAAAGAUCCCUGCGAAUCUGUUAAAUGCAAUUGGAGAGAGGAGUGCAGGAAGGGUGUCUGUGUCCCAGGUAGCACAGCAACAUGUUGGGCCGUUGGCGAUCCACACUACAAAACAUUCGAUGGGAAGCUAUUCGAUUUCCAGGGCACUUGCACCUACACCAUGAGCACUACUUUAAAAACUGACAAUGGCCGUGUCCCCUUUACAAUUUUGGCAAAGAAUAAUAACAGAGGGAGUAAUCGGGUGUCCUAUGUGAGAACUGUAUCAGUCAAUGUGUACAAUUAUACAAUCUCUGUCAACAAGGAAAAAGGUGACAUUUGGGUGAAUGGUGAAUCUACUCACCUGCCUGUACGUCUAGCAAAUGGAAAGUUAGAAGUGGUACAACAUGGUGCUAAUUCACUUAUAAGAACAGACUUUGGAUUAGAGGUAAAAUAUGACUGGAACAUGAUGCUAUACAUAACAUUGCCCAGCUUCUAUGCUGGGUCACUUGGUGGACUUUGUGGAAACUACAAUGGAGACUUGACAGAUGAGCAAUUAGACAAGAAUGGAACGAAACUCUCCACUGUCCUGGAUUUGGGCAAGAGCUGGAAAGUUUCAGAUGGUGACUUGUUUUGCCGUGAUGACUGCGAGGGCAAGUGCCUCGUCUGCCAACCUGACCUUAAAGAUAAAUAUGAUGGAGACAAGUAUUGUGGUCUCAUGGUAAAAGCAAAUGGACCAUUUGCCGCAUGCAAUAAGAUUGUUGACCCAAGUGUAUACAUAGACAAUUGUGUGUAUGAUGUGUGCAUCAAUAAAGGCAUCAGAAGUUUCCUUUGUGACAACAUGCGGACCUACGCUGAUGCUUGCAUGGCUGCCGGAGUAAAGAUAGAUCCAUGGAGGACAUUGGCUGAGUGCCCAUUGCAAUGCCCAGAAAACAGUCACUAUGAGCCAUGUGGAUCUGCAUGUGCUGCCUCCUGUGCGGAUCGAGAGGCCCCGAACAAUUGUCAAAAGCCUUGCGUCGAGGGCUGCCAGUGCAAUAAUGGUUCUGUCCUUAGUGGGAACAAAUGCGUGCCACUGGCGCAAUGCGGCUGCAAUUACGAGAACCGCUAUUACCUUCCUGCUCAAAUAUUCUGGGGUGACCAGACAUGCACUAAAACAUGCACCUGUAGUUCAGGGCAGGUCAGUUGUAAACCCACAAAGUGCAAGGUUACCGAAGAGUGUAAAAUCCAGAACGGUGUGCGGGAUUGUUACCCUCUAUCCUAUGGCCAUUGCAUGGGAAGUGGUGAUCCACACUAUUUAACAUUUGAUGGGAAGCGCUUUGAUUUCCAGGUACUUGCACAUAUUACCUUUCUAAAUUGGUGAACACAAGUGACCCUUCUUUGGUGCCCUUUGAAGUACUUGUGAAGAAUGAAAACAGAGGAACGAAUAAGGUUGUUUCUUUUACCAAGACUGUGGAGAUCAAAGUUUCUGGCUUCACCAUUAUCAUGAGUAAGGACAAUUAUGGUAAAGUGAUGGUCAACAACCUGCUUCUAAAUUUGCCAUAUAAGAAUGAGCAAAGUCAGCUAUCCAUAUUCCGCAGCGGCUACUUUGGAGUGGUUAAGACAGACUUUGGCAUGAACGUGAGAUAUAAUUGGGAUAACUAUGUUGAAGUCACUCUCCCCAGCACGUACAGUAACAUGGUAGGAGGUCUUUGCGGUAACUGGAACGGGAAGUUGACCGACGACCUGACGCUCCCAAACAAAAGCAUUACGACAAGUCCUGCUACAUUUGGAAACAGCUGGAAAGCCAGAAAUGAUCCCGGCUGCUCAGUAGAGUGCAAAGGCGUCAAGUGUCCCAAAUGUGAUCCUGCUGACAGAAAUAAGGAUGUGUUUACAAAACCUUGUAGCCUUAUUACAGACACAAAUGGUCCAUUUAAAGCAUGCCAUAGCAAUAUUAACGCCACCAAGUUCUAUGAAGACUGUGUAUGAUAUGUGUAUGUACGGUGGUCAUUCCACAGCCUUGUGCAGUGCACUUACAGCCUACACAGCUGCUUGCCAGACAGAACAUAGCAUUGUGGAGAAAUGGAGAACUGAUACGCUAUGCCCUGCAUCAUGCAAAGCUAACAGCCACUAUGAUGUGUGUGGUGCUGGAUGUCCCCAGACCUGCAAAGGCUUUACUGAACCUGACAAUUGCCAGCGUGCACCCUGCAUCGAGGGCUGCAUGUGUGAUAGCGGAUUUAUCCUGAGCAACAGCGAGUGUGUCCCAAUUGAGCGUUGCGGAUGCGACUAUGGAGAUCAGUACUAUAAUCUGGGCCAAGUUUUUUACCCCAAUGGCAAGUGCAGCCAGAGGUGCGUCUGUGAGGAUCGAGGCAAGUCACAUGCAAAGGCAAUUUCACCUGCAGUCCUAAUGAAAAGUGUGAUAUCCGUGAUAAUGUUCAAGCCUGCUAUCCUGAUAGCAAAGGAUCUUGUUCCAUCUCUGGUUCUGGAACCUACCACACAUAUGAUGGGAACCGUAUUAGUGUGCCAGGAAACUGUGUGUACAAAUUGGUGGAAACGGUGCCAAAUGCAACUCAAAUAAGGAUGCCUUUCAGUGUAACGGUGCAGCAAGUUUCCACUACUGUAGUGAUCACAAGAAGAAUCAACAUAGCUAUAGCCCAGUAUAAUAUUGCCCUGAUUCCUGGACUUCUGUGGGAAAUAAGGGUGGAUGAUGUUAAAUCUAUUCUCCCAAUAACCCUUGAAGGAGGACUGGUGAAUGUCUAUCAGAGUGGCGCAUUCAUUAUCUUGGAAACCACUUUCGGACUGAAGCUGACCUAUGACACUGUGUCAGUGGCCACAGUUGAAAUCCCAUCCACUUACAAAAAUAUUGUCCAAGGUCUGUGUGGUAAUUAUAACGAUAAAAAUCUGA